AUGUACAGGAAGAACUCAAGAAUUCUUCGAAGGUUGAGUAGACUGUACGAUUGGCAAAUGGAUGAGUACGGUGGUUUACGUCCAGUAAUUGAAUCAAUUAACGGAAAGCAGGAACAAUUACAGUAUCCCCACUAUCACCAUUCAGCACUCUCAGCGGGUGAUAAGAUAAAACGUGAACAAAAUUGCGCCAAUGAUUCAUUCAUUCUGGAAACUAUUCUCAAAAAAUAUAACCGCCAUAAAAUUCCAGGAGAUUCAGUGAUUGUUCAGGUCGAGGUUUGGGUACAAGAGAUCACAACGAUUAGUGAUAUCACUUCCGAUUUUCAAUUGGAUAUUUACAUCAGUGAGAUGUGGCUGGAUCCUGCUUUGGAUUAUUCCUGGAUGCAACCCUGUAAAUAUAAUUUGUCGCUGAAUAGCGUUUUGUUGGAGAAACUCUGGACUCCUAACUCAUGUUUUAUCAAUUCUAAAACCGCUGAUAUACAUCGAAGUCCGUUUCCAAACAUUUUUUUAAUGAUUUAUUCUAACGGAUCAGUGUGGACCAAUUAUAGACUUAAAUUGCAAGGACCAUGCACCAUGGAUUUAACAAGAUUUCCCUUCGAUAAUGUUACAUGCUCGCUUACUUUCGAAAGUUUUAACUAUAAUACCGAUGAAGUUCAAAUGAUUUGGUCACCACUUGGUGUUUCGAAAAUGCGUGAAAAAAUGGAACUGGCUGAUUAUGAACUCACCGGUAUUGAGAAUCUCAGGAAGACAGAGCCUUAUCCAGCUGGUUUUUGGCAUGAAUUAACAAUGAAAUUUCAUUUUAAAAGACGCGCUGGAUGGUAUAUUUUACAAGCUUAUCUUCCAACUUAUCUUACCAUUUGUAUAUCAUGGAUUUCAUUUGCCCUUGGUUCUAAAGCAAUACCAGCUCGAACAAUGCUGGGCGUUAAUUCACUACUUGCAAUGACUUUUCAGUUCGGUAAUAUUAUAAGAAAUUUACCACGGGUCAGCUAUGUCAAGGCAAUAGAUGUUUGGAUGUUGAGUUGUAUGACCUUCGUUUUCUGUUCACUAUUAGAGCUUGCCUGGGUCGGAUAUUUGAGCAGAGAAGAGCUGGACCCACCGAAGCCGGUAGCGGCAAAGGUAUCACCAGAAGUACAUCAGGAUGAUGAUAGUAUCAAGUUAAUGCACCAAGAUCGUUAUGAAACGAAUUCCCUACUUCCUAGACGGAGACUAGCAACUGAGGAAGAGAAUGCAUUGAUAAAUCUUGCGCGUGGCAAUGAUUACGGUUACAUACCGCCGGGUUAUGGUCUUAAUGAUCACCUGAAAGCAACUAUGGCUUCAAUAGCAGGCCCUUGUAGUUGCUUACAACAAGAAGCAUUACCUAACACAAAAUCCUGUUCAUCCAUUCCAGUACCAUCAUACGAUCCUGCUUCACUUUCCAAACAAAGGGAGCAAGCAACACAAUACAUUGACAAACUAUCAGCAAUAUUAUUCCCGACGCUGUUCAGUGUGUUUAAUAUUGCAUACUGGUAUCAUUACCUCAAGGACUAA